UUUCAUAGUCCAGCAGAUUUUUUUUUUGAGAAUUUCUUUUUUCUUUUUUGUAGAUCAGUUUGGGAGUCCUUUUCUUUUUGUAAUAUGGUUAGGAUUUUUUUCUUUUUUUAGGUCAGUUCAAAUUUUCUUUUUUUUUUGUCAGACAUUCUGGAGUUCUUUUUCUUUUUUGUAGGGAUACUAACCCUUGGUGACUUGGACGAUUGCAGAUA